AAUUCAAAGUCUGGGUACACAAUUAUGAAAAGUUCAUGACAAAUAAAAACAUAUACAUAUAUACAUAUGUUUUUGUAAAAUUCUUAAAUUGAUUAAAUAAAAAAACAUUUAAAAUAAUAAAAUUGGUAGAACAAUUCCUAUUUGACUAAACAUAAAAAACAAAGGAAUCAGCAAAAAUACAUUAUGAAUUAUCUUAUUCAACGGGGAAAGGUUCGCAACCAAAUGAUAAAUGUACCCCAAGGACUACCAGAACUCUUGUCGGAUAUCACACGGGAAGUAUUGCGUUGUCAGCCAACCACGGAAUGCCUCUGUCAAUUCAUUAUCGACUAUUUGCAUUCAGUGAUUGUAACACGAGAAAAAGCCAGAGUGGCCAAGGGUAUUAUUGAUCGUGCAUUAGCGGUGGUGGAUGAAAUCAUCGCGGAUAUGUGCGUUUGUGAUAUCAGUAAGGAAAAGGCCCAUGAAAUGGCAAUUCAUAUGGAAGAAUGUUUCCGGCGCUUCCUGAGUAGAAUGCGUUGUGAACAACGAAAGGAUAUAGAAGUUGUGCGCUUUGAAGAGCAAGAUAUGCUCAAUGCAAUGAUAGAGCGCUGCAAGUUCACGGAGCAGGAAUUAAAAAUAUCCAAACCAAUGAUCGAAGCUGCUUAUCGACGCUUUGUGGAUGCAUAUAUGAAGGCUCAUGAGGACUUUGAAGGUACCGAAGAGUUAUAUCAAUAUUUCAAAGAACGAGAACAUAAACGACAGGAAGAAGAGAAGGAAAAAAUCGCGGCAACGAAAAUCCAGGCAAAUUUCAGGGGGUAUAGAGUACGAAGAAAUUUAGGAAAGCCACAACCCAAAGAUCUUUCUCAAGAUAAUUUUGACGAAGAAGACAUAGAAUUGCAAACUCAAGCUGCAAUUACAAUUCAAAAGGCUUUUCGUCGUCACUUGUCUACGGUGGAAACUAAAAAAUCAAUCGAAAAGGGCGGAGAGGUGUGUGAGCCCGGUUCGGAAAUUCAAGUUACUACAACUGGUAUACUGGGCGAAGAUCUUACUGAACCCCCCGAGCAAAUAAUAAUUGAGGAUGUGCCUUUAGAAGCGACUCAACCAUCACAGCCUCUUACUGAGGUUGUUCCGGAAGUUGCACAAGAACCAGCAUCGGUAGCUGAACAAGGACCUGAGCCUAUUCAUGAACCCGAGCCUGAGCCUGAGCCAGAACCAGAACCAUCACUAGAACCAGAACCUACCAUGGAAGCAGAGCCGGAACCAAUUCCGCAGGAGACCGAACAUACUGAAGCUCCUCCAGACAUUGGCACAGCAGUUGUUGAGGAGCCUGUUCCUGAAAUGGCAACUGAUGCAAACGAAGGUGAAGCUCCUGCAGAUGGCUGAAAACUUGGAUUUCAUUAAAGUUUUUGGUAAUAAAAGAAUGCCAUUCCAUUAUACAUUUUGUGAAUAAAUAAUAUAUUGUUGGCCUCAAAAAUAUUUUAUUAUAACAAGUUCAGUUAUCUACUCGUAUG